AUGUCUACACUCAACAAGGGAGACAUUGUGCUUGUCACGGGUGUAAACGGCUUCAUUGGGAGCCAUGUCGUCGAAGAACUCAUCGCCGCUGGUUUCCAAGUCCGCGGCACCUCACGCACAUUAGCRAAAGCUCAGUACUUGGUCGAUUACAUCGAGAAGAAGUUUGGAAGUGGCAAGAUUGAGAUUGUGGAGGUACCAGACAUGAUCCAAGACGGUGCAUACGACGCCGCCGUGAAAGGGGUAAGCGGAAUCGUGCACAUGGCCUCUGUCCUGACUUUCAGCACCAAUGCCGAUGAGGUCGUUGGACCAUCUGUCAAAGGCGCAAUGAGAAUGUGUUCGAGUCUGCGAAAAAGGAACCAAUGGUGA